AUGGUGGGGGGUGAAAGGGUCACUGACGGGGCUAGUUUCGAGGAGAUCCAGGAUAGCCUUCGUUCUGAGUGGUGUAAAGCGCGCGCUCAUGCCCGUCGACCACGAGAAGAAUUGAGGCUUGUAGAAGAAGAAAUGCACCGCUCGAUCGAAUAUUGUUACUACGUGGCUAGCUGGUGGGAAAGGCAGAUCGGACGACGAGAUGUCUCUCCAUUCUUACAAGAGGGUUUGACAGCAUACGCGAAGGAGCAUGCUCAUGUUGAGCGCAAUCGUGGCCGUCAUUGGGCACAGCUAUGGCACCCCAUACGCGAGCGGGCAAAGGUCAUCCUUUCCCACCUUUUGGAUCCACCCCACAACGCUACACUUCCAUCCAUGUCUCCGUUAGAGGUAGAAGUUGAAAUGGAUGAAGACAAGGGCAGGGAGGAAUCGGACGACGAUGGCAAUUGA